AUGGCUGCGAAUUCAUGGACAAAUGAAGAGAACGAGCAGUUCAAGAACGCAGUGCAAGUGUUCUCUGCGUUUUCACCCAAUCGGCUUGAGCUUAUAGCCCAAUUUCUAGGGAAAUCGGUGGUCGAUGUUAAGGAGCAUUACCAGGAAAUGGUCGAUGAUCUUCUAGAGAUCAGAUCGAGCCAAUUAGCUUUAUCUAAUGGGAUGUUUGAUGCAGUUGAGCUGUGCCAGAUCGAGAAACCUAUAUGGGACAAAGAAGAACAUGAAUGGUUCCUGAUUGGGUUAGGGCGGUUUGGGAGAAAUUGUAACAAAAUAGCGGUCUUAGUGGUUACCAAAACCCCGAUGCAAGUGGCGAUCUAUGCACAGAACUUCUUCAAUUGGCACAACUCACAGAACAAUGUAGUGAAGCGGCGGAGAACCGUGGACAUAACUAUGGGGGACAUCAGAGUGGACUCAACUGGCCAACAAGGGAGAACUUUUGGGGGCAUCAAUGUGGGACUCAACUGGCCAACAAGACACGAGAACCUAGUUCCUUUGCAGCCGCAACAACAACAAGGGCCAGUUGCGCUGGAAACCGGUCAGGAUGCUAACAUUUCUGAUUCUGAAUCGAAUAAUCUUCCAUGA